CCCGAGCCCGAGCCCGAGCCGGAGCCGGAGCGCGGCCACCAGGCUGCAUCCCCCACCCGUCCGGCAGCAGACGGGCCAAUUUCUCCCCUUGCUACAGAGAUGAGACCUGGCAAGGUGCUGUGGAGCCAUCCAUGACAGAGACUGAGCAGCAGGAAGCAAGAAGGAGGGGAGGGGGUUUCCCCUUCUGCAGCAGCAGCUCCGUGUGAGCCCCGGGACGCAGCCCCCUCCUCCCUGCCAGGCUCCCCUCACCCCCGAUAAAGACACCAGAGCCAUCCCCAGCAGGCACAGAAUGUGCGAUUCCGGCUGGGGGGGGAUGCCCUCCCCAGGGACAGGUUUCAGAGGAGUCACCUGCAGCGAGCCCCAGCUGUGAGCCAUGGGGAGGGAGCUGUGAUCCCGUCCAACCAGCCCAGCUGGGAGGAGAGGAAGGGCCUGGCAGGGCAGGGAGCCUGAGGCCUUUUGGGGCUGAGGGAGGCAGUCUGUUGGAAUUGGGGGUAGCUGGAGACUGAUCACCCCGGCAUGGAUUGUGUGGCCCUGCACAGCCUCCCCGAGGGACUGGAGACAGGAGAUUCCCGAGACCGAGACGAGACGCUGGGCUUGAGCUGGCUGGUCUGGGCUCUGCGGAGGCCUCAUUACUCAUGCUGCUGAGGUUGAGAGCCUUCCGCAGGGCAGCUGGGCUAUGGAGGCACGCACCUGAGAGCCGAGCGUAACCAGAGUCAAGCAGGGAGGAGGGGAGCACAGGACAGAAUCAAGGGUGGGACCCUGCAUUUUCCCCGGGGUCUCCUAUUUGGAUGUGAACAGAAGGGCCGCAGGGGCUGGAUCAUUUUCCUCCUGCUCCCACCAGCCGCACCAGGACUUUGGAGCACCAGGGAUUGGGUGUGGCCAAGAUGCUCGCUCCAGCCUGGCAUGUGUAGUUAAGAGAAUAGGCAGCCUCCGUGCAACUGGGAUCGUUCCUCCGGGGGCCAGCACGUUGCAGGGAUACUGCUCGUUCCUCAUCCAUGCUGCUUUCUGAAGGACUCUGAAGCCAGAGGUCGAGCCAGUCAGGCCCAGAGAACCACCCUCAGAGGGCAAGGGGCCUGGGAGGACGCCCUCCUGCUGACUUCCCUGUCUCCAACCCCUCUGCUGCCUGCCCUGCUCAGGCUGCUGCCUGCUGACCUGGCACCAUGUUGCGGCCGAGCUCGGGGGUGUUGAUCUCGGUGAACGGGCUGGGCUUCCCACCGCAGAAUCUGGCCCGCGUGGUGGUGUGGGAGUGGCUGAAUGAGCACGGGCGCUGGCGGCCCUACACAGCAGCCGUCUGCCACCACAUUGAGAAUGUGCUGAAGGAGGACGCCCGGGGCAGCGUGGUCCUGGGGCAGGUGGAUCCCCAGCUGGCUCCGUAUAUCAUUGACCUGCAGUCCAUGCACCAGUUCCGCCAGGACACAGGGACCAUGCGCCCAGUGAGGAGGAACUUCUAUGACCCCUCCUCGGCCCCUGGGAAGGGGAUCGUGUGGGAGUGGGAGAACGACAACAACUCCUGGACCCCCUAUGACAUGGAUAUUUGCAUCACCAUCCAGAAUGCCUAUGAGAAGCAGCACCCGUGGCUGGACCUCUCCUCCCUGGGCUUCUGCUACCUGAUCUACUUCAAUAGCAUGUCGCAGAUGAACCGGCAGACGCAGCGGAAGCGCCGACUCCGGCGCCGCAUGGACCUGGCGUACCCACUCACCAUGGGCUCCAUCCCCAAGUCCCAGUCCUGGCCUGUAGGCACCAACUCCGGGCAACCGUGUUCCUGCCAGCAGUGCCUUCUGGUCAAUAGCACCAGGGCAGCCUCCAAUGCCAUCCUGGCCUCGCAGCGGAGGAAGGUGUAUGUGGGGAACAGCAAUGGGACUCUGACUGUUAGGCAGAGCAACACUUUCAACGGCACAGCAUUGUGGUCUGCGGGCACCAUGCCAACUGGGGGGACAGCUAAGAUGGAGCAGGUCCGGUCCCCUAGCGGCAUGCAAGUGACCACCUUCUCCCGAAGCCAGAGCGCGCCCACUGGCACCCAGCUUCCUGGGCAGAACAACCUGAACAGGCCUGGCACGCAGCGGGUUGCAAUACUGAGUACCAGGGCCUCCAUCCCACCAGGGGUUCCCGCCCUCCCAGUUAAGAAUCUGAAUGGAACUGGACCAGUCCAUCCUGCCCUGGCAGGUAUGACAGGCAUUUUGAUGUGUGCUGCUGGGCUGCCUGUAUGCCUGACGCGGGCCCCGAAGCCCAUCCUGCACCCUCCGCCCGUGAGCAAGAGCGACAUCAAGCCGGUGCCCGGGAUCAAUGGCAUCUGCAGGAAAACCAAGAAGAAGCACCUCAAAAAGAGCAAGAACCCCGAGGAUGUGGUGCGCCGGUACAUCCAGAAGGUGAAGAGCCCGCCGGACGAGGACUGCACCAUCUGCAUGGAGAGGCUGGUGGCCUCGUCCGGCUACGAGGGCCUGCUCAGCCACCGGGGCGCCAAGCCGGAGCUGGUGGGCAAGCUGGGCAAGUGCGGGCACAUGUACCACCUCCUCUGCCUGGUGGCCAUGUACAACAACGGCAACAAGGAUGGCAGCCUGCAGUGCCCCACCUGCAAGGCCAUCUAUGGGGAGAAGACCGGGACCCAGCCCCCAGGGAAGAUGGAGUUCCACAUCAUCCCACACUCGCUGCCAGGCUACACGGAAUCCAAAACCAUCCGCAUCGUCUACGACAUCCCCACGGGCAUCCAGGGCCCAGAGCACCCGAACCCCGGGAAGAAGUUCACAGCCCGAGGCUUCCCCCGGCACUGCUACCUACCGGACAACGAGAAAGGCAGGAAGGUUCUGAAGCUCCUGAUUGUGGCAUGGGGCCGCCGGCUCAUCUUCACCAUCGGCACGUCCAGCACGACGGGAGAGUGCGACACGGUGGUGUGGAACGAGAUCCACCACAAGACAGAGUUUGGUUCCAACCUCACUGGUCAUGGCUACCCCGACCCCAACUACCUGGACAAUGUCCUGGCUGAGCUGAUGGCCCAGGGGGUCUCGGAAGCCAACCUGAAGGACUGAGGAGGAAGCCCCCGCUCUCUGCUAGCGUGCUGCUUGGCAGCCAAACCCCGCCUGCGUCCGUGCGCUCGUGCGUGUCUCCGUGAGUCCGUCCUCCACCACGCCAUGCCCGGGAACCACCCGCCUUCCCAGCUCUCACUCUGCUUCUGCUGCCUUGACCUGCAGUAACCUUCAGACUGCAAUGCCGGACCUGGCUGGGUGCCGCGGAAGCGUACGUCCCCCCCAGGCGGGUGGCUCCCCCUUUAACCGAGGCCAUGUGUGCGCCCCUCGCACACGCCGGCCGGCGAGCAGCAGGCCAGCAGGAGCCGCGUGAGUGACCAAGCAACGCAAAGCUGGGCUGAUUAUUUUUUUAUACUCUUGUGACCUGUGAUAUUUUCCCUGUUCGAGACCCCAGCCCACACCUGACUGUAUACACACGCCCCCACGUGUCGCUCUCGCUAUGGAAAUCUUGUACAGUAUCUACUAGAACACACACACAUAGCCAAGGGGGCAACUUCUAGCCAGCCACAGCACCACCAUCUGUCCUGUCCAGUCUGUGCCAGCAUCGUCUGCGUGAGCCACCUUCCCCCACAGCCACGUGGCACAUUUGCCAUUGCUCCUCACUGCUGCAACUCUGAAAGGGAGGGAGAGGGCGGGGCGGGGGAAGGGAGCAGGACGUGCACAGGCGAGAGCUGCUCCCACAGCUGGGCAGGGAUGGAAAUGAGGUGGCUCUUACUCCGCUGACUUGGGGAGGGGAAGCGCUCAGAGCUCAGAGCCAGCCCUACUGAGCUGCCAGGCCUGCAUGCACCAUCCCUCCCCGCCAUAGUGAAGGCUCCAAGACUGGCAGUGGUGCAGCGACCCGCCGGGCACUCUGCACUGCAGACACCAGCUAGCUAUGGCCAGAGGUGGUUUAUUGUCCUUAAAGAAGAGAGGUGGAGCAGUCAACACCCAAUCGGCAGCAGUCUACAGACCUCUUGCCAGUGAGCCACCGAUGCCCUGAUUGGUCCCUUCAGGCGGCACCAGCCAGGAUUCAAAGGGCCACUCGUGAUUUUAAAAGCCACAAGUGCAAACAGUGGACGGCUGAUACCCGGGUGCCAGUGGAGAUUGGCACGCCUGCCUACCUGCAUGCACGGGCCCCCUUUGCAUGCAUGGCUUUAAAAACCUGGGCCUGGUUCUCUCUCGGGGGUUUGUUCCCCAUGUAUGUAGCACACCCUGAGCUGGAAAAUAAACCUGCUCUUCCGGGUGGGGCUCUCCCGCCUGGCAAGUGUCUGCUGUAGCCGGAGAGGUUGUGCAGCAGCAGCCGGCCAUGGCCCCGUUCUCUGUGCACUGCAUCACGGCCAGUCAGCCGCACAGCGCGCUCCUCCCAGCAGUGACUUGCGCUCGGGUGGGCCUGCACCGAGGGCAAUGGCCACUUGCUGGCGGGCGGUGCUUUGGGGCGUAUGGACACACGAGCGGCUGUUCAGGAGCUGGGGCGUCUCUUCCUAGCUCAGCCAGCCCUGUGGGGCCACCUUGGCUGGGGCGCGCCAGCUGCCUGGCGGGGCUAGUGCUGCGGCCCCACUUUGCUCCAGGCCGUUGAGCUCUGGGUAAGAUGAUACUUAGCAGCAGCAGCAGUUCACACCUUGCUGGGCUGCGCCCCUCUGGGCUGGGCAUGUGACCGGCCCCUUCACCUCCCUGUUCCCUGCACAGUGGCAAACGGAUGCGGGUGGAGGAGGCUGGGGUCCCCCCUGCUCCCCACACGGGCCAUGGAAGCUGCAUGGUGCACACAGCGAGGCUGCCCCAAGGGGCUGGAAUGCCCCCCACUCCCUUCCACCCCACAGCACCCAAGGAGCUCAGCCCUGGCUGGAGGCGUGUAGCUGCGGCAGCCAGGGAAAGGGGUGACGGCAUUGCAGUGGGGGGCUGGGGGAGUGUCCCAUUCCUUCGGCGGGUGGGGACUGCCUGGCUGGGUGGGAGAGGUGGGAGAGAGGAAGCAGAAAGCUGGGGAGGAGGAAGAAGGCUGGGGGAGGGGAGGAAGGCUGGGGGGGGGUAAGGGAGAGGCGAGGAGAAGGAGCAGGUGGUGAGUCCAUGGCCAAGGACUGGGUGCAGGCAGAGCCCCUGUGCUUCCUUGCUGUUGAGGAGCCGUGGGCCAGUGUGGCUGUCUGUCCUCCCGCUGCCAGGCCCAGGGUCUGCAGAGAGGAGAGGGGCUCAGACACCAGUGUCUCGACAGGGCCCAGAGGGCUGGCGCCUCCCCCAGGCAGGGGACAACGUACCAGCCUCUCCCGCGGGCCCAGCUCGGCACACCGGGGUGAGCAGCUAGGGUACCUAAGGCCAUGAAGACCCCUCCCAGUGCCCACACGUGGGCAGGAACCUCACCCCCCCCCCCAACCCUCUCCCCCAGACCCACAUGACUUGGGCUCCUGUACAAAUAACUAACAGCUGUGGGCCAUGCCCAGCUCCCGUCUCUCGGCCCCCAGCCUCCCCAUCGGUGGGGCUCAUGCAGCAGGAGUCCCUGCUCUCAGUGGCCGUUGUGCCAGUCCCCCUGGGUACGACACCCAGCUCGGCCAUCCCCUGCCACAGCCACAGGCCGCCCUGGUGCUGCUUGUCAGCCCCGUAUGGUACGAAUGGCUUGUCCUGCCAGCGGGUACCUGGCAGCGCCGGCAGCAGGGAUGGGCCCCGCCGGCCCCCUGCAGCAAUCAGCUCAGGCCCUCUGCUUACCUGUGCCUGGCAGUGGCACGUUCACCUUUCACGUACCCAGGGCUCAACUGUGAAGCAUCGGUCGCAGCCAGCGGGACAUUGGUGGGGUGUUUGAGCCAGCGCCCUUCUCUGCUCAGGCAGGGCCCCAGGGGCACUGAAUAGCUCCUGCCCCAUAGUGUCCCCUUUCCCCAGAGCCCCUGACAUGCCUGCAGCACAAAAUCCCACAGCCAGCCCCGACCCAGGACUCAGCCAGGCCAGAGAGCAGCUCUCUCCCCACUAUGAGAAUCUCAGGCAGAGAGCAGGACCUGAGAGCAGCAAAACAGGCACACGCUGCAUGCACACACACAGCCUGCCGCUCGCACCCCCCCGGCACACGGCCUGCUCCUCCACCCCAGGCACAAACUGUACAUCGGGCACUCACUGUAGCCACAUGCACACCCGCUCCCUCACACACACAUGCAAACAUCUCUGACACCCACACACGCUCAGUGCACACACACGUGCAUGCACACAUACACCUAAUGCCCAGGCCAUUAGGAAAUUCCCUGCCCGCCCCACAGAGCCUGCCCCAUUGUCAGGCCUGGUGUCUGGGACAUGGCCAACCUGUAACGGCCUCAGCCCUGCCGCAGCUGCAGCUCCUCUGAGGGGGGGUGGUUCAUGGGACACUUCUCUGGCGCCCACAGGCCUCUCACCAGCCCUGGCGUAAGGCGAGGACUGGGUCACUCAGGGAGCAGGCCAGCAGCUGGGGCGGGGCCGAGGGGGCCAGAGGGGUGAGUCCCCUUCCUGUGAUUAAGCUGAGGGGGAGAGGGUGUAACAGGUUAGACACACACACACACACGGUGUAACAGGUCACACACACGCGCACACACACAAUACUGGGGUUUCACUGAGCCCCUCCUGUUCCACCAGCCUGGAUUCCCUCUCCAGGUUUUGCUGAAUUCGUCUCUCCGCCUCUUGCAGCGCACACGGGUAGGGCCCCACCCAGCUGCAGACACAGCCUGAAGUCAGCGCUGUGCGAGGCCUCCCCCAGCACUCACGUGCACGUCUCCUUUGGGGAGACAAACCCAGAUAACACUGUCUUGUGCUGUACAGAAAGAGCUGCACAGCGCAAGCUCAUAAAAGUCCAUCUCUUCCUCAACGUGAAGAGAGAUGGGCACGACUCCCCCCCCCGUUAGAAAUUGCACAAACUGGGUUUAAUAAUAAACAAAUGUAUUGAUUAUAAAAGGCAGAUUUUAAGUGGUUAAAGGGGGAGCAAACAGAACAAAGCAAAUAAAACAAAACACUCAAACUAAGCUUGAUUUACUAAAGAAAUUGGCUACAAAUAAUCAUUUCUCACCCGCACUAUGGUCACAGCCAGAUUACAGGGAUUUUUGCAAGCCGGCUGCAGUGGCCGGCUGCUUGAAACCUCAGGUGUUAUUACUCACAGGCGAGACAACCUUCCAGCCUGGGCUCAGUUUUUCUCCCCUCUGUUCAGUUUUUCUUUUCGGGUGUUUCCCGGUGUCUCUUUGUGGGGGGAGGCAGAGGAGAACCUCGAUGAUGUCACUCCCCUGCCUUCUACAGCUCUUGUGUCUGGGGGGAGAACACUGGCAUUCCACGGGGGGCACUUCAACCCCCUACCCCAGCCCAGUGAAAAUGAGCGAGUGAGCGAGGAUGG